UGCGCCGAGGUUUCGUUCUCGGUGCCCGCCACCAGCCAGAACAUGGUCUUCGCGUCGCCGCCCGACCCGGACAACUCGACGGCCAUCAUCGACUUCAUGCGCCAGACCUGGCUCGGCAACGCGCCGGCCACGAACGGCACCACCACCGUCUCGGGCACAUGGACCAUCGCCGGCACCUACUGCGCCCCGCCGCCGGGGCAAGCCAAGAAGCUCGCGCACAGCACGCUACAAGUGCUCAUCCACGGCAUUACCUACAACCACUCGAUGUGGGCGGGCAUGGGCUUCCCCUUCUCCUCGGACGCCGACGCAGAAGACCACAUCUACAACUGGCACGCCUACGCCAACUCGCGCGGCUACGCAACGCUCGCCCUCGACCGACUGGGCCACGGCGCCAGCCCGCAGCGUCCCGACCCGCUCUCGGUGGUGCAGCCGCAGCUGCAGGUCGAGAUCCUGCACCAGAUCGUCGCGGCCGCGCGCAGCGGCUCGUCGGCCUACAACGUGCUGCAGACUGCCUUCGAGCGCGUCGUCAUCGUGGGGCAUUCCUACGGGUCCUACGUCGGCGCGGCCCUCGCGGCGCAGCACCCGGCCGACGCCGAGGCUGUCGUGCUCACGGGCUACAGUAACUACUACGACUUCAGCGACGUCAUCAACGCCGAGUGGCGUGCUGCCGCCGAGCACGACCCGGCGCGCCUGGGCGCAUCACUGCCCAAGGGCUACGUCACCAUGGCCCGCGUCGAGGACCGCGUGGCGUCUAUGUACGCGGGCGCCUACGACCCUGCGAUCCCUCCCGUGGAUUUCGAGGGCGAGGAUACCCUCACCGUGGGCGAGAUUGGCGCGCUGGGUGCCAUUCUCGGGGAUGCGGUCGGGUAUGGCGGCCACGUGCUGGUUGUGACCUCGGUCGACGAUGCCUUCUUCUGCCAGGCGCCCAAGGACAAGUGUGAGGCGCACCUGGCGUCGACGGCGAGCAGCUUCCCGGAUGCGGCCAGCUACGAGUUCUUUGCGCCCGAGGACACGGGGCAUGAUCUGACGCUGCAUUACUCGAGCACGGAGACGUUUGAGAGGGUGCAUGACUGGUUGGACGAGAAGCUGUGACGGGGAUGUCCUUGAAUAUCGAUGAGAAGCCGGAGUUAGGAGUGGUAAACAAGGCCGUGAGCUUCAUCCCUUUGGGGGGUUAAUACUACACAUGCAUAUUUGCAAAGGAAGACCGUGCCAUGUCCAGU